GUGUUCCUUCAAGUCUCUCGGUACUAGGAAGUAAUUUCACUCGUCCAGUUUUAGAGCCCUUUGCGAACACAACAGUUAAUGAAAACUCUAAAGCUUCUCAUUUCAUUGAGCAAUUAAAGUCAAAAAGUUUCCUCGUCUAUAAUCAAAAAUUCUAUGAUAUUAUUGGAAAAAAUCCAAAGUUAAAAUUACUUGCUAGUGAAAAUUAUGCCUUCGCACAUGAAGGUGGUGCCUAUGUAGAAGAACUUAAUGAAGUAUUUUUCACUUCAAAUCGCUUAGAUAACAACACAAAAACACAAAUUAGUAAAAUUAACCUCUCGACUAAAAAAGUAUCUUUAAAUGUCACUCCGGAAGACCCAAUCCUUUUCGCUAACGGCAUGACCUACCAUGAUGGCAAAGUUAUUGUUUGCGCUCAAGGUCAAGGAAAUGUUGGUGGAUCGAUUGUUUCUUUUGACCCUAUUUCUAAAAAAGUUACCACUAUAGUUGAUAACUUUUUCGGUUUAAAAUUUAACAGUCCCAAUGACAUUGUCGUCACAAAAGAUGGCUCUUAUUGGUUUACGGAUCCAAGCUAUGGUUUUGAGCAAGGAUUUCGUGAUACACCACAACUUGGUGAAAACGUUUAUCGUUUUGACCCUUACACUGGAAAUAUUCGCGUAGCAGCUGAUGGUUUUAUUAAACCAAAUGGUCUUGCUUUUUCUCCGGAUGAGAAAAUAUUAUAUGUAACUGACACUGGUUUUUUUAAUGGUACUGGAGGAUUCGAUCCUAAUAGACCACAUGCCAUUUAUGUAUUCGACGUAAAUUGCAACAUUUUAUCGAAUCGUAGAUUAAUUGCUGUGGUUGACGUUGGUAUUCCUGAUGGCAUAAAAUUUGAUUUAGAGGGCAAUAUAUACACUGGAACCGGUGACGGUGUUCAAGUGUUUGAUAAUUCUGGUACAUUACUUGGUAAGAUCGUCAUACCAAAUGGUAUUGCUAAUCUUGUUUUCGUUAAGAAUACAUUGAUUAUGUUUGCAGAAACUUCUAUUAAUUAUGUGGAAUUGAAAGUAAAGGGUGCACUGAUUAAGUAA